UAGCUUCCUAGAUUUUAUACAUUUUAAUUACAAUCACUUGUUCCAUAAUUUUUAGGGCUCAUUAUUUACCACUAUUAAUUUCAAUAGUUUAAUCAUAGUUAUUUUAAAAUAAAAUUAGAAACUUAAAUUGUAGUGUUGAAGUAAUCAAUAAUAGCAAACAAUAAUUAAUUAAUAUUAUAAACCCCCGCCAUUUAAGACGCAUUAAUAUGCAGUAGCACAUGCAUAUAUAUGUGCACUUGUGAGUGUGUUUUAUUUUUGUCUAAGAUAGAAAUGCUAUGCAUUGAGAAUUGAGAUUCCUUAUUGGUAAAAGCGGUUAGUUUUUCCGUUAAAUUAUUUAGUAUACAAACAAAUGGAAAUAGAGGCAGACGGCGGCGGCGGCGGCCACAUAGAGACGGCGAUGCCGCGGAAUGACGGGCAAGCAUACUUGGUUUGGGAGGAUCUGACGGUGGUGCUGCCGAAUUUCGGGCAGGGUCCGACCCGGAAGUUGCUUCAUGGGCUAAGCGGAUAUGCCGAGCCGGGUCGGAUCAUGGCUAUUAUGGGUCCUUCUGGCUCCGGCAAGUCCACCCUUCUUGAUGCAUUGGCAGGUAGAUUAUCAAGAAACAUUGUCAUGACCGGAAGUAUUCGUCUGAAUGGGAAGAAGCAGAGGCUAGACUACGGUGUUGUGGCUUAUGUGACACAAGAGGAUGUGUUGUUGGGGACUCUGACAGUGCGAGAGACGCUAAGCUACUCGGCCAAUCUGAGGCUCCCGAGCUCCAUGACUAAGGAGGCGAUCAGAGAAGUCGUGGAGGGGACCAUCAUGGAGAUGGGCCUCCAAGACUGCGCUGAUCGCCAGAUAGGAACCUGGCAGAGGAGAGGCGUAAGUGGUGGCGAAAAGAAGAGAGUCAGCAUUGCUCUCGAGAUCCUCACACGCCCUCGCCUCAUGUUUCUCGAUGAGCCCACCAGUGGCCUUGACAGCGCAGCCGCCUUCUUUGUCAUCCAGUCCAUCAAGAAUCUUGCCCGGGACGGAAGGACUAUUAUCUCCUCCAUCCACCAGCCUAGCAGCGAAGUUUUCGCCCUCUUUGAUGAUCUUUAUCUCCUCUCUGGAGGGGAAACGGUUUACUUUGGCGAAGCUAAGACCGCGAUACAGUUUUUCGCAGAAUCAGGAUUUCCAUGUCCGAGUAGGCGGAAUCCAUCCGACCAUUUCCUGCGCUGCAUCAACUCGGACUUUGACAUUGUCACGACGACACUGAUUAGCUCACAGAUAUUUCGUGAAACCGACAGUAAAUCAGAUCCUCUAUUGAAUACGGUGACAGCAGAUAUAAGAGCAACUCUCAUUGAGAACUAUAAGCACUCCGAGUAUGCACAAAUGGCAAGAUUGAGGAUGCAAGAAAUCUCCCAUGUCCGAGGGCUGGACACUGAAGCAAUAAAAGGAAGCCAAGCUAGCUGGUCGAAGCAACUAACAACGUUGACAAAGAGAUCGUUCUUGAACAUGUCUCGUGACAUCGGAUAUUACUGGUCUCGGAUAGUCAUAUACACCAUUGUUGCUUUAUGUGUUGGGACUCUGUUCUACGACGUUGGCACCAGCUACACAGCCAUACUAGCUCGGGGCGCUUGUGCUGGCUUUGUCACCGGUUACAUGACUUUCAUGUCCAUAGGAGGUUUUCCUUCCUUUGUUGAGGAAAUGAAGGUGUUUUAUCGCGAGAGGCUAAAUGGUUACUAUGGCGUGGCCGUGUUCAUAUUGUCAAACUUCUUUUCUUCGUUGCCGUUUUUGGUUGCAAUCUCAUCUAUUACCGGGACCAUAACGUUUUUUAUGGUGAAAUACCAGUAUGAAUUUUCGCGUUACGCCUUCUUCUGUCUGAAUUUGUUCGGAUGCAUUGCUAUGGUAGAGAGUGUGAUGAUGAUUGUGGCUUCACUAGUCCCUAACUUCUUGAUGGGGAUCAUAGCUGGAGCCGGAGUUCUUGGUAUUAUGAUGAUGACCGCCGGCUUUUUCCGUCUACUCCCCGACCUCCCUAAGCCCUUUUGGCGCUACCCUGUCUCGUUCAUUGGAUACGGGGCAUGGUCAUUGCAGGGAGGAUACAAGAACGACAUGCUGGGGCUCGUGUUCGACCCUUUAUUCCCUGGUGAUCCAAAACUGACCGGCGAAUAUGUCUUGACGAAGAUGUUCGGUUUGUCAUUAGAUCAUUCCAAGUGGUGGGAUCUAUGCGCAGUGUAUGCUCUGAUCGUAGUUUACAGAUUCCUCUUCUUUGUGAUUCUCAAGCUGAAAGAGAGAGCAGGGCCGUAUCUGCAUUCACUCUAUGCGAGGAGAAUCGCAUACCGUCUGAAGAAACGACCAUCCACGCUGCUCAGAACAAUAUCUCGUUCCUCUAAAAGGAACAAUCUUCCAUUGUCUUCCCAAGAAGGCCUUAAUUCUCCCCUCCCACAGUAGCUGCAUGGUAUAUAUACAACCACAUUUUGUAGCCAUAGCUUUAUGAUUUUACAGAAUCCAAGUUGUAUGUUUUAUGUGUUAUGUUGAUGAAGGCAAUAAAAAUGUAACACUAUAAAUUUGUUGAUAUGAUUUAUGUGCUUGUUGAUUAUGAAUAAGAACAAAAACAGUUGUUUUUCUUAGUUAA